CUCAGUAUACACCCCAAACUUAGUGAUGGAGGCACCUACAAUGAUCAAGAAUGCUGGCCUGAUGCUUAUAACUCUUUGCACUCUGUGGAUACCUUCAAUUGCAAGGUCAGAAAUCCAUAGUCUACCUAUAGAUAGCGCCCCCACAGCCAUGAAAGUGAGGUAUGAUAAAUGGCUGGAACAAUAUGGUCGAAAAUAUGACACUAAAGAUGAAUAUUUACUGCGGUUUGGAAUAUAUCAUUCCAACAUUCAGUUCAUUGAGUAUAUCAAUUCUCAGAACUUAUCAUUCAAGCUCACUGACAACAAAUUUGCGGAUCUGACUAAUGAUGAGUUCAACUCUAUCUACCUCGGUUAUCAGAUAAGGAGUUACAAAAGAAGAAAUCUUAGCCACAUGCAUGAAAAUAGCACAGACUUGCCAGAUGCUGUAGACUGGAGAGAGAAUGGUGCUGUGACCCCAAUUAAGGAUCAAGGACAGUGUGGGAGUUGUUGGGCAUUCUCUGCAGUAGCAGCUGUGGAAGGCAUUAACAAAAUUAAGACAGGAAAUUUAGUAUCUCUCUCAGAACAAGAGCUCGUAGAUUGUGAUGUUAAUGGUGAUAACAAGGGAUGCAAUGGUGGAUUCAUGGAAAAGGCAUUUACAUUCAUUAAAUCGAUUGGUGGACUCACCACUGAAAAUGACUAUCCUUACAAAGGAACAGAUGGCAGCUGUGAAAAAGCAAAAACUGAUAACCAUGCAGUGAUAAUUGGUGGCUAUGAAACUGUACCUGCUAAUAAUGAGAAUAGCCUAAAAGUGGCAGUUUCAAAACAGCCUGUAUCAGUUGCAAUUGAUGCUAGUGGUUAUGAAUUUCAGCUCUACUCUGAAGGUGUCUUCAGCGGCUACUGUGGUAUCCAACUCAACCAUGGAGUCACGAUAGUUGGCUAUGGAGACAAUAAUGGUCAAAAGUACUGGCUUGUGAAAAAUUCAUGGGGCAAAGGGUGGGGCGAGUCUGGCUAUAUAAGGAUGAAGCGUGAUUCUAGUGACACGAAAGGUAUGUGUGGCAUUGCCAUGGAGCCUAGUUACCCUAUCAAGGAUUGAACAACCAUUCUGGAUCUACUGGGCCAAUCUUGGUUGCUGGAUGAUUGGAUAGCUUAAAAAAGAUGCUAACUAGAUAAUAAUUAGACAUGAAUUCAAGUAAAAGAUGUUUCUGGAGACUUGAAUCUAAGAAUAACUGAGAUUUACUGGGGCAUAAUAUGAAAUGCAUGCUCAAAGCAUAAGAAAUUGGGAGAAUAGCAAUUCCUCGUAUUAUAAUGAUA